ACCCGCGAUACUACUAUCCAGACCCUCUCCACUCCGAACUCCCACCAUGUCUGCCGGUUCCGUCAAGCACGCGCUGCAGUCCUCUGCAGGCCAGAUCAAGCAGUUCAAGAAAUACACGGUUCAGCCCACUGGCAUCUGGGCGCGCAUCAGCAACUUCCUCGCCGUCGACCCGAAGCGCAGCACGGGUGUGCCGCUCAACCCGCAGUACCGCCUGCCGACGCCCGGCGCCCAGGACCCCAAUGGUUACGACGACCCCGUGACAGUGCCGGCGGGCGACCUGGCCGAGAACCCGUACUGGAAGCGCGAUAUGCGCAGGCGCUACAUGCAGCCCAGCACGAUCAAGCAGUCGGACGUGGUCGGCCUGCUGAGCGUCGGCAGCCGGGCCAACGAGAAGGUCGAGCUCAUUGGCGAGGCGGGGCAGAAGCAGCUGGUCGCCGUCCAGGACGAGGGUGAGAAGGGCCUUGCGGCUUUCUUCCAGAAGGACAAGAACCUUGCGAGCGGCGUGCUGGACAAGAGCGGCCUGCCUCCUCUCCCGAGCGGCUUGUACGAGGGUAGCCAGAGCGGACAGAAGAAGUACGAGCUCCUGAGUGAGGAGGAGCAGACUUAUGGCCCCAAGUACCCCUGCCGGACUUUCAUCUAAGGGCUGCGUGGAUGGGCCUGUGCGUAUAAGAGAGGCGGUUGUGUAGAUAUUCCAAGACAGCGGUUGCUUCCAUUUCUUUUGUGCUCGUACUCCUACACUGUGAAUGCGAAUCGUUGCGACGCGUAACGGUUGAUGAUCAUUGAAGGUGGGAUCGCACAUUGAGUCAAGCAAUACUAAAAUGGGCAGACGUUUGGAUCAAGAGCGCAAUGUACUUGUAGAGGCUCAACCAAGCUCUCACUCACGAAGA